AAUAAAUAAAAAAGAGGAAAAACUGAGCGUGCGUGUUCACCGGUAGAGUCUAGAGUAGUCGAGACGCUAGUAAGAGGAAGAAGACUGAGUUGGAGAGACUCGUGGAGCCAUGGCAGCGGCGGAGGGCGGUGAGCCGACGCGCAUAAUGGUGGCGGUAAACGAGUCAACAAUCAAGGGAUAUCCCCACGCAUCGAUAAGCAGCAGAGGAGCAUUCGAGUGGACUUUGAAGAAAGUCGUUCGCUCCAAUACUUCUGGGUUCAAGCUCCUGUUUCUUCAUGUUCAAGUACCUGAUGAAGAUGGUUUUGAUGAUAUGGAUAGUAUAUUUGCUUCCCCUGAAGAUUUCAGGACUAUGAAGCACAGGGACAAGAUAAGGGGACUCCACCUUCUGGAGUACUUUGUGAAGCAAUGUCAUGAAAUUGGGGUUGCUUGUGAAGCAUGGGUCAAGAAGGGUGAUCCUAAAGAAAUCAUCUGCUAUGAGGUGAAACGCGUCCAGCCAGAUUUUCUUGUUGUUGGAAGCAGGGGUCUGGGUCCUUUUCAGAAGGUUUUUGUGGGAACUGUCAGUGAAUUCUGCGUAAAGCACGCUGAUUGUCCUGUCAUUGCGAUAAAGCGCAGUGCAGCUCAGACUCCUCAGGACCCAGUUGAUGACUGAUUGAUCUGCGGCCUCUAAUGGAGAUCUCCUCCUUUUUGCAUGUAAAUGGGUUAAUAUUGCUCUCUUUCUUUCACUUGGUUGUUUGAAACGCGUGAAGACUGGAUAAGUUCUUGACUCUAUUUGUUUCGGAGUGACAUUUUUUAUUUGUAUAGUGUCCGCAUUUCAGCAAUUUGGAGUGCUGUUGUUUCGUGCACUACCAGUGUAUACAGUUUUAGUGACAUACGGACUUUAUAUUGUUUUGUGUUUGUGCAACACCACGCCAGGAUGAAAUUUCAUUACAUAAAUUUGGUCAA